AGAAGAAAAACUAAUUUCAUUGGUCCGGCUAGCCAGGAGCCACCUCUGCCUAUGGCCAUACAUACAUCGUACAUGUAAUAUCAAUGAAAUCACAUGUACGAUACUGUUAUGAACUGUUUCAAAAAAUGUUUCAACUUAAAAGAACUCGAAUGCCUCUAUGCCUUGAUGAUCAAGAACAAUGCUGUGCAAGAUUGCUUCUACAUGAACCAAUUUAUAACAACCUGUUCUACAUUUCGUCGAACAGAUUAUGCAGUUCGAGCAUUUAUACAGAUGAAAUCCCCCAAUGCUUAUGUAUAUAAUGCUAUAAUCAAAGCUUUUAUUCAUUGUUUAAACCCCAUCCAAGCUCUACACUUUUAUUUAAGUAUGUUGAGAGCUGGAGUUAGCCCAAGUAGCUAUACAUUUCCUUCAGUGAUUAAAGGGUGUGUGUUAGUUUCUGAUUUAGGGUUUGGAGAAUCUGUUCAUGGGCAGAUUUUUAGAUUUGGGUUUGGUUCAAAUGUGUUUGUUCAGACUUCUUUGAUUGAUUUUUACUCUGGGUUUGGGAGACUUGUGGGUGCAAGACAGGUGUUUGAUGAAAUACCCGAGAGGGAUGGUUUUGUGUGGACUACGAUGCUUUCAGGUUAUUCGCGUGGCGGUGAUAUGGGUUCUGCGAGGAGAUUGUUUGAUGAAAUGCCGGAGAGGAAUGUGGCUACUUGGAAUUCUCUGAUUAAUGGUUAUGCGAGAGUGAGGGAUAUGGGGAGUUGUGAGUUGUUGUUUAGAGAGAUGCCGGAAAAGGAUUUGAUUUCGUGGACGACGAUGAUUAGUUGUUAUUCUCAGAAUAAGUUGUAUAGUGAAGCAUUGACAGUGUUUAGUGAAAUGAGGAUGAAUGGAGUUAGACCUGACGAGGUUACGAUGACCACUGUGAUUUCUAGCUGUGCACAUCUUGGGGCGCUUGACCUGGGAAAGGAUAUUCAUCUCUAUGUUAUGCAAAAUGGGUUUGAACUUGAUGUUUAUAUUGGGUCUGCGCUAAUUGAUAUGUAUGCAAAAUGCGGGAGCUUGGAAAGAGCUCUGGUUGUGUUUUUCAAGUUACAGGAGAAGAAUUUAUUCUGUUGGAAUUCGAUUAUUGAAGGACUGGCAGUACAUGGGCUUGCUGAAGAAGCAAUCUCAAUGUUUGGCAGGAUGGAGAAAGAUAAUAUAAAACCUAAUGGUGUUACAUUUAUUAGUGUUCUGAGUGCUUGCACUCAUGCCGGACUAGUUGAAGUGGGUCGCAGAUGGUUUAAGAAGAUGACACAUGAAUUGUCGAUUACACCACAAAUUGAGCACUAUGGAUGUAUGGUUGAUCUGUUGUGCAAGGCUGGUCUUUUCGAAGAUGCAUUAGAACUUAUACAAAGCAUGACAAUGGAACCAAAUGCUAUAAUCUGGGGCGCAGUACUAGGAGGGUCAAAGCUAUACAAAAACUUGGAUAUUGCUCAAGUUGCAGCGAAUAUGCUAAUGGUUUUGGAGCCAAACAAUAGUGGAUAUUACAGUCUUUUAGUCAGCAUGCAUGCUGAUGCAAACCGAUGGAAUGAAGUUGCUAAAACUAGGUCAGCUAUGAAGGAACUUGGAGUAGAAAAGAGUUGCCCUGGCUCUAGUUGGAUUGAAAUGGAAAGCAAGAUUCAUCAGUUUGCAGCAUCUGAUAAAUGUCACCCAGCCGCUAGCCAAAUUUAUUCUCUUCUACAUGAAUUAGAAAGCCAGUUAAAGCUGUAUGGCCAUGUAUUGGAGUUCGAGUUUUUUACAUAGAUUUAACACGAGAUAUAAUGGACAAAGAAACUGUUCGACUCUUACAUGAUCCCCUUUUACGUAAAAGUAUUAGUUUAAAUGGUAAUUAGUUGGAGAUGAGAAGCUCGAAUAUCCUAGUGAUUGAACAAUUCAAACAAUCAUCUGACAGGAAUGCAAAGACCUGAUUGGAUAUUCUAAAGAAGCCAGAAUAGUUGGUCAGCUCUUUGAUGGUCUGUAGUUUCAGCUAGUGAUCAAAUGGAAUAUUUUGGAUCAGCAUAUCAGAAGUAUUCUAGUGGCACGAUGUGUGCAAUCAAAUUGGUUUAUAUGGGGGAUUUUCUGUUGCAUAAUUGAUCCCUUUAACUGUUUAAAUCAGGGAUGUCUUAUUUCUCACACUUUAUGAUGUUGUCUAUGUAGUUUCCAUUAUUUGAAGUGAUCUUCUAUCUCACUUCUCUCUGGUUUGUGAUAUAGAAACUUGAAAUAUAAGUUUAAAUUAAGAUUGCUAGUCAUGAUAAAACCUAACUGCUAGUUUGAAUAAAGAUUUAAGGGUUGUUGAAUUUUGAUGUCAAAUAACUGAUUGGAUUAUAUAAUAUUCCACAUGUAGCGUUUUGGGUUCAUAUUUUGGCACAUGUACACUGUUCAUUGAUUAGUUUGUCCUUUUACUUGGUAAUAUUAUUUUAUUUUAUUUUUGCUUUUUUCAAACUAAAAUUUCUAAUGCAUCGUUAAUACUGAAGAUGCUUCCUUUUACAACUGCUAGAACUAGAUGCAGAGUGCUUUGUGAAACUUAUUUAGAGUAGGAUCGCGAUUGAACUCAUACAUAAAUUAGCUUGUAACUUAUCGUUUCAAUUUCUUUAUAAUAAAACACUACUCACUACUGAUAAUUAGAAUCUAGACGGUAGACUAAAAAGACACGAGGAAGUUUGAAUUGUGAAAUAUACUGAUAAGCUCCUACUGAGCUAUGUACAAUAAUAUUGUCAAUUCAAGAGGCCAAGUUCUCUCCCACUUCUAACAUAUACUGUAACUAAUAAAUCAACAGCCUUCCUUCUUUGUCCUAGUCCUUCUCUUAUACCACUAGUUUGUGACAACACUUCUUCUUCCCCAAGUUGCCCUCACUUUUAAACUGAAUUAGCCAUUCUGCCCUUUCUUGCCAUGUCUGGCUUAUGGUAGUUCACUUAAGGAUCCAUUGUCAUGCAUUAUGUCCUCAUUGUUAUAUGUAGCUUUAAAUAAUUGCUUUCAUCCAGGUCUUGCAAAUAAUUUCCGAAAGUCCCUUCAGUUUAAAUCAUAGAUGUGGAUGGUUUCUGUUUGUGCUAACUCGUUUUCCUACACUUCUUGAUCUGAAACUGAUUCUUAUAUGUGUUUGGUACGCAUAUGUGAAUUUACUUUGGUCUCAAAGUCUGGAGAUUGCUUGGAGUUUAAUUUAGUGAUUGUAUCAGUGCUUACUUAAUGUUUUUGUUAUACUUGCAGUAUUCUGACAGGUUGCAUCCUCCCUGUUCAUCUGUGGUACGGAUAUCCGUAUAACCCGCAAUUGCCAUAAUGAUCUGUUUGGUAACCUUGAUUUGAUUUCAAAUCCUGUAUUUGUUCAAAUUCACUGUUUGGCAAAUUUUAAAAAUUGUGGAUUUGGAUUUGUUCAAUUCCAUCAAAUUUAAACCAAAGUCAAAAUAAAAUGAUUUGAAUUACUAGUCUCCCACAUGUCAUUUCAAAUAAAAAAACAAAACACAGAACUCUCUCCUUCACGAUUCACGCACCUGCUUCGGCCCCAAAUAGCUUCUGCUCGCUCCUCCUCUCCUGCCAUCAUUUCACGCUGCUGCUCGCUUCUCUUCUCUCAUGCCAUCUUUCCAUCUCCGCUGUAAAUUCAAAGGAAUUUUGUGAAAACUUGCGGGAACUGCCCAGAAUAUCUAGAUAUGUUCCAGAAAUUGCUCAGAAUCUCCAGAUUUAUUCACGUUUUCGAUUCAAAAUGGUGGUGACGGUGGUGGAGAUGGCGGAGGUGAAGGUGGAGAUGGAGGAAGGAUGAUUGUAGUAGGUGGUUGGAGCGUUGCUGGAAUAGUGGCGGCUCCGCCGAGUGAAAUUGAGCCGAGGUGGAGAAAGGAGUAUGAACGGGGCUGAAGGAGGUUGAAGCAACGACCAAUAUGGGGCUGGUGAAGAUGGAGGUGGAGAUUGUAUUGUUGAAGAAAUAAUGGAGGUGGAGGUGGAGAUGGAGGUGGUGGUUAUGGAGGGGGCGGGCGGCAUAAAGGUGGUGGUGGUUAUGGAGGGGGCGACUACGAAGGUGGUGGCAGUGGCGGAUGUGGAGGUGGGGUUGGUGAAGAUGGAGGUGGGGUUGGUGAAGAUGGAGGUGGAGAUGGGGUUGUUUAAAAGUUUAGUAGCAUUUGCUUUAGGUUUUAGUGAUAUUCCAGGUUGGUUUUUAGUUUUUAGAAUAAGGAGGUUUCUAUUGGAGCAAGACUCUCUCUCUCUCUCUAUAUAUAUAUAUAUAUAAUAUGUGAUUACUGAUUAUUGUACUAGAUUGAACGCCUAAAAAGUAUAAUGUCGGAUGAAAUUGAGUAUUCGAGAUUCGUGUAAACGUUUGAGGGAUGAUGAAGAUAUGGAGUUGGUUACGAUAGUUGCGGGUUUUAUUGUGGUUGUAGCAGCGGUCUCAUAUGGUUAAAUGUAUAGGGUGAAAGAGGUAACUUGGAAUGAGUGCGAGCGUGCUCAAAUCAGGGCUACAUGGAUGAACACUUUAACAAAUGACUAGUAAUCAUGUUAUCCAAUGUCAUCUGCUCUGCUCACUAAUGACUAGUAAUUAUGUUAUCCAAUGGCUUGUAAUUAUGUUAAAUAUCUGUAAACGAGAUCCAGUAGCAUAAAACUUGGGUCUGAUUCUGUCGGACAAUUGACUAGUUUUUUCUUCUCUGUCGGUUUUGUAAGCUGAUAUAAUACAGACUGGAUUCUUUUUAAAGCUGUAAUCAAAGUUCUGCAGGAGAAGGAUUUGAUAGAAGGCAGGUAGAAGCAGCCCCUUGUCUCCCCAAGUGCUAAACAAUUUACAAAUAUAGUGGAGUGGUGAUGGCUCCUCGAUUCUCCCCUCUGAUCCUUAUGAUCGCGCUGUUGCGCGAUUCUGGGCUGCGUAUUUUGAUGACAAGGUGGUUCCAGUGAUCUUCAAGCUGAGUUUUGGUCCAGAGAGCGAAAGGGUGGC